UUGUAACCAUCUCCUAUCGCAAUCUGAUUUAACCUACCGAUCCCUCCUGUACAAUUUUUGAAAUAGGAAUUAUUAUCGCCUGUCUCUCUUUUCAAGACAUACACCUCAUCCAUACCGCAUUCUUAUGGCUGAGGUAGUAGGCACCAUAGCAAGUGUAUUGACCUUGGUUGGCCUUCUCAAGGGAUGCAUUGAUGCUUGCGAGCUUAUUCGUGCUGCAAGGAACCAGGAGAAGGAUCUUGAGAAGCUCGAUCUAAAGCUUACCCUUGAGCAAUGUCGCCUGAAGAGCUGGGGCAAGAGCAUGGGGCUGAUCCGUGAGGCUGGGGAGAAUCGACGCAGUCUUCUUGAGCAAUUCGAAUUUUGUGCUGUAGUACAGCGAGCUCUAGAGCACAUAGUAGAAUUACUCACAAACUCAGAACGCUUGAGUAGCCGAUAUGGAGCCAAACAAGUUGCAGUCGAGGAAGGCGUCCAGCUAGUUGCCAAGUCUAGGAGCGUGUCAAAGCUCAAGGCUGCUUUCAAGCGGCUGUCAAUCACCGAUGGUGCCCAUGAACAGGUCACCAAGGUGAAGCGCAAAUCGUUCUGGGUCCUACACGAUCGGAAGAAAUACGAGGGCCUGAUUAUCGAACUGCGAGAACUGGUAGAUGGCGUUGAACAAGUUACCAAAAAUCUCGUCGGACGCGAGCAACAGCAAGAUUUAGUCAUUUCUCGAAUCAAUACGAUAAAUGACAUCCGAACCCUCAACAUGCUUAGCGAGACUUGCAAAACCGAUUACCCCGCCAUCUCAGAUGCUACAUCAAUUCGCGCCGAAACCAUAUCGAUGGUUAGCGCUCAACAGCGCAAGAUUAUUGGCUGGAUAGAUACGAUCGAUGAGACUAUCCCGGCAGAAAAUCAGAUACAAGUCACAGAAGAAAUGGAGUCUUGGGACUUGAGAGCAUUCCGAGAACAGUAUUUGGGGUUACUCAGCAUUUCUAGGACUCAGGAACCCUCCAGAAUUGAUCAACCUCGGGACCCAGGUCAACCCUCCGAUGGAAAUCCCCCCAAGCUUAAUGCGGCUUUGGAGUAUUUGGGUAAAAUCAAAGUCCGUUUUUAUUCGAGACCUGGGGUUUAUAAUUCCUUUCUCGACAUUUUGCGGGCUUUUAAGCAGAAUAAGCUUUCUACCAAAGAGGUCCUUGACUCUGUAACUAAACUUUUCGAAUCGGAGCCGGACCUUGUGGAAGACUUCAACCAAUUUUUACCUAAUGAUUGGCCUGGAAAGGAAGUCAAACUUCUCCAAGAUCGAUACAACAGCACUGAAGUAUCAAUUGGGCUCAAUGCUCUAUUUUAUAUUGACUAUCUUCGAGAAACUGCAGGCUAUAGGCGCUAUAAUAAGUUCUCAGACAUAUUAAGGCGCUUUCAAUAUCAGGAUAUCAAUGCUGCGGAUGCUAUGAGACAAGUUAUGCUUCUCUUUCAUGACCGCCAUGACCUUUUACGAAGAUUUAACAUAUUUUUGCCACCUGGGUACGCUAUAUUCGACACGGAGGGCACUCCUCAAGCGACAACUCCAGAAGGCCAUACUUGGGAUAUUGCUAGCCUCUUGGCUGAGUCGACCAACAAUGAAACCAUUGUCCUCUCGGAGGAGAUGGCAUCAGCGCGGAUGAAUACCCAAUUGCGCGAAAAGCCCGGAAGGUGCUACAGGAUCAAACGCCUCUCUAGGCAGCUUGACAUGAACAGUCUUGUAGUGUUAAAAUACUAUGAGGACCUGGUUCUCUUCCGCCAGGAUGUGCAACGCGAAGUGCUUGUUUUCCCUUCUAACUUGAGUCUGGCGCGCCAACAUGUCGUGUGCACGUUGUCACACCGCCUGGGCUUAUCAUAUAAUAAUAUCGUUGGAGAGACAACCCAAAUCGUCGUAGGCCGCUUACCUCAGAAGUCUUCCAGCAAUCUUAUGCCACUGCAGAGGCCGUUAAUGGUCAAGAGUCUGAAGGAUAACAGCCGUACUGGCGAUUGGUUCAGAGGAUAAUACGAGCGCCAGCUGGGGACUUGAAGAACAGGACCCCGAUUUGGAGAGUGAGGGUUGGGAAACAGCAAGUUCAGAAGCAGAAGAUUCAGACCAGCAGUCUUUGAAGAGAAAGCUAAGAUGAAGACACAAAGUUCAAGAGAUCUUAACAGCAUAAGGCAUCUCGGUAACACGAUUUAGAAGAAAUUUAGGUUCAUAUAGUGGUAAAGCAUUUUACUGAAACCACCUGCAUAUUGAC